CCUGUGGCUAGCGCCUAGGAGUACAAGGGCCUUGCACCGCGGGGCAAAUACGAGUACUCAUGAUGGCGCCCACGAGAAACCUACUACACUAACGAAAGUCGGGCAACAUUUUCCGUUUCCCUUCGUCAUUCAAUUCAACCACCAACAAUCCAACACUCGUACACUUUCGUCUUCACGUCGCACAAAAUUUCCCAAAGACUUGUUACACAGCGCUCGGCUAUUUCACACAUUUUCGACUUCUCAAACCCUCCCGCGCCUCACUUCGAAUCCUUCCACGGAAAGUAAUCGUAGUGGGCCAUCUCUGGCUUCAUCCCACGAAAAAAGAAGAUCCUCGCCUGCCGUCUCCCUCCCUCCUCGGGCGCUCUCCCUAGCCUUGCUCCCUGAGCGGUAAUUAGCCCCUUUCGGACGAAAUGGCGACCACAGUAGACAAGAUCAAGGAUAUUGAGGCCGAAAUGGCCAAGACGCAGAAGAACAAAGCCACAUCUUUUCAUCUGGGCCAACUUAAGGCAAAAUUGGCAAAGCUGAAGAGGGAACUGUUGACCCCUUCAUCGUCAGGAGGAGGUGGUGGCAGCGGCUUCGAUGUGGCCAGGACUGGCGUCGCUUCAGUCGGCUUCAUUGGCUUUCCUUCUGUCGGUAAAUCGACGCUCAUGAGCCGUCUAACAGGGCAGCACUCUGAAGCGGCUGCAUACGAAUUCACCACCUUGACCACCGUUCCGGGCCAAGUCAUGUACAACGGUGCAGCUAUUCAAAUGCUGGACUUGCCUGGUAUCAUCCAAGGAGCCAAGGAUGGCAAGGGCCGGGGUCGUCAGGUCAUUGCCGUGGCGAAAACCUGCCAUCUGAUCUUCAUUGUCCUUGACGUGAAUAAGCCUUUGACUGACAAGCGUGUCAUUGAGAACGAGCUGGAAGGAUUUGGCAUUCGAAUUAAUAAGGAGCCGCCUAAUAUCGUCUUCAAGAAGAAGGAUAAGGGCGGCCUCAACAUCACCAACACAGUCCCUCUGACUCACAUAGACCACGACGAGAUCAAGGCCGUCAUGAACGAGUACCGCAUCAACUCGGCAGAUAUUGCGAUUCGCUGUGACGCCACAAUUGAUGAUUUGAUUGAUGUUCUGGAAGCCAAAAGCAGAAGUUACAUACCCGUCAUCUAUGCUCUCAACAAGAUUGACUCGAUUUCAAUUGAGGAGUUGGACCUCUUAUACCGCAUUCCGAAUGCUUGUCCCAUCAGUUCUGAACACGGCUGGAACAUUGACGAGUUGCUUGAGUUGAUGUGGGAAAAGCUUCAACUCAAACGAGUGUAUACCAAGCCGAAGGGCAAGCAACCCGAUUAUUCUGCUCCGGUAGUUCUGAGGAGGAAUGCUUCCACGGUCGAAGACUUUUGCAACCAAAUCCACAGGUCCAUCCUUGAGCAAUUCAAGCAUGCCGUUGUUUAUGGCCGCUCUGUGAAGCACCAACCUCAACGAGUGGGUCUGCAGCAUGAAUUGGCGGACGAAGACAUCGUUACCAUAAUCAAAAAGUGAUACACUGCGUCCGCCAUGGUGCCUGCCUAUGACCUGAUAUUGUCUUCGCUUCCUCUCACCCUUGACCAGGUUGAAGCUUGUAUCAAGGCCUGAGACCCGUUUCCGCUCGAUAAGGCUAGAUGUCUCGCCUUCCGCCCAUCCCCGCCGGCCGGAUCUCGACUUCCUAGCCGUCGCUAGUGAUCAGCGCCUGGGUCUACCCAGCUAUCAAUGUAUCUAUUGUACUAACGGAUCCAGGCUCCAAAGGCGCGAGCUCGGAAAGGCCAGGCCCUUUGCUAGUCUCUCGCAGGCCCAACUUUGACCAUCUCUCCACGCUGCUUCUUCGGUCAGAAAGUCAAAUGCCUUGGGAUCUGGAUCUGCACACUCCUGCAGCGACCGGGAAAUGGCACUUUUCAGGGCCAGUCAACCCAUAGACGGGCGGUGAUGUUGAGGCAAAAGUACAAGGAGUUGAAACAAAGUUGUAGCUGGAUCCGAAAGUCAAACAGGAUAGCGUAGGUUGGUGGCGGCCAUCCUCGGCUGAUUCCAGGAGGCUAUGGAGAUGGCCAGAGUAUGAGAAGAGCCUCAGAAGCAUUAGCACCAAACAAACCGAUACAUGCUGGGCUAGAGAAGGCCUCCUUGAGGUUUGCGGAUAGCUGCAUGCACUCCGAACGCCUUCAUGCUGGUCAACAGAAGCCAAAUUGCCUUAGCAAGCCUAGUCCGUGUAUUCACAAGCUCACUUCAUGCAAGUCUGAGACCGCAGCGACCCUGACCGGAGCGACAGCCAGUUUGGGGGAUUUUUCAAGAGAUUGAGACAGUCAUUGGUGGCCGUGAGGCACAGUUCAAUAAACUCCGUAAAGGCUGCACAACGUUCUGCGGGCUUGCCCUCAUGCAGCCACGGUGCAUGGAUCUCCUGUGCAUUCCUUGUACCUGCAGGUGUCAAACUCGUGGGCUGACGAGACUGGGGUUUUGACAUAUCCAUCCCCCGACUACUGCUCCUUGUCUGUGCAUGCGCAACUUCACUCUGCAUCAGGAGUAAGGUGGCUUGGGCACAUCCCAAAGCCACAUUUGGCAUGCGCUACUGGGAGGCACUGAAGACAACACAUCCUGGUCCCGGCUGUUCGCCCAAAGCCCCGCCACCUGGUCCACAAGACACCUUCCCCGUAGCCGCCCGGACAAUAGUCUUCACGUUCUCACGCUCCGAGCCGCGCGCGGGCUAUGGAGAAGGCGAUUUUGAGUCUUACGGGUGCUUCUAGCAUCAUUACAGCACCAUUGUUGCUAAUAUCGAGCAGGAGCUGGGGAUAUUGAGAAGAUUUUUCGUGUUGGCUUUCGGCUUGGCUCAGAUGGUGUGAGGGGAUGGAGAGAGUAUGUGUGUGUGUGUAUACUCCGUAGCCGUACGUCUGUGUCGAUUAGCACACGGGAAGACAGGGUUGCAGAUGAGCUCAGUGAGAUAUCCACUCAAUUCACUAUCCCAUGCUCACGUUGGGCAGAAAUUGAGGAGUCACUGGGACUAGCAGUAGACAAUAGCAGGGAAUACGCAGUAGGCGAGCGAACAUUGCUGGAUACGAUACACAAUAUUUGAGGGGGGUCGAAUGGCAAGUGGCUGGUUGCGCGGUUUGUGGAGAAAGAAUGCAAGAUCCCUCGCUCCCACUUCCAAUGAAUUUCCCUUCU